UUCAGACUGCAAAUAAUAUAGUCUUAACUUCUAGUCAGGCACGCCGCGGGAGACUAUUUGUACGGGCGAGUGGAGUUGAUGUUGAGUUGGCAGUUUGGUCCAAAUAUUUCCAGUGUUUUAUCUACUUGCUUUUUUACUUAGUUAACAUGUGCGCGGACGGUUAAAUGUUAUAACAUUUGUUUUUGCUACUUUGUAGUAGUGUAUUAGCCUCCCGCCGACUGCCAAAGUGGCUAACGUUGCCUCUCAGUGUCAGUAAUUGAAUAUAGACCAACACGGCAAUGAGGAAAGUUAACGUGGUCAUUCUUGUGCUGCUUGUCGUGGCUUUCCUGAUCAUAAUACAACGGAAUCUUCUUAACCUCAGCGACUUUUUACACAAAGAAAUCACACAUACUGGCGCCAUUCUUCCUUUUGAAGCUGAAUUAUCUCCAGACUUGAGAGUGGACGUGGAGAGGACAGGCGACCAGAUCCCUGUUGUCAUCAGUGCUGCUGAGGAGAGGCUAGGUGCUGCUGUUGCUGUUAUGAACAGCAUCUACCACAACACCAAGGCCAAUGUUGUCUUCACCAUUGUCACCCUGAAUGACACAGUGGAACACCUGAAGGCGUGGCUGAGUGUUCCCAGACUACAACAUAUCAAAUACAAGAUAGUUGUCUUCAAGCCUGAGCUGCUCAUUGGGAAGGUAGCUACAGACCCUCAGCUGGCGGAUACUACCAAACCGUUGACGUUUGCCAGAUAUUAUUUGCCUUCAUACCUGCCUGAGGCGGAGAAAGCCAUCUAUUUGGAUGAUGACAUCAUCGUGCAAGGGGAUAUUAAAGAGCUUUAUGAAAGCAGUUUAAAAUCUGGACAUGCAGCAGCCUUCUCUGACGACUGCGAUUCAGCUUCCGCUAAAGGCAUCGUUCGAGGGGCGGGAAAUCAGAAUAACUACAUAGGUUUCCUGGACUUCAAGAAGGAGUCCAUUAAGCAACUGGGGAUGAGGGCCAACACCUGCUCCUUCAACCCGGGAGUCAUGGUAGCCAACUUGACCGAGUGGAGGAACUUGAACAUCAGUGGUCAGCUGGAGCACUGGAUGCAGCUCAACAUGCAAGAAGACCUGUACAGUAAAACACUGGCAGAGAGCAUCAGCACUCCUCCUCUCCUCAUAGUUUUUUACAAACGUCACUCCACACUUGACCCCAUGUGGCAUCUUAGGCACCUUGGUGCUCCUGAAGCAAUGUUGUACUUCCGUGCCAUUUUGCAGGAAACAGUCUUCUUUGAAGUCUUUAAAGUGAAGUGUUCCCACACUUUUGACGACUUAGGUCGUACACUUUUCUCCAUUGAAGCAAUAACCUCAAGAUGUUUUUCCGCUGAACUAUCCGUACUGUUUUCCUGCGCCAUUUUUCAAAUGUUUCCAGACGGCGUCGUCACGUGAGCUGCACAUGACACAUCAUUGGCUAGCUUACGCCACCUCAUGAGACGUAGCCUCAGUUUUGUACUGUUUUUGUUCUUACUUUGAUUAUUGUUUCUCAGCUGUUUGUAAAUGUUGCAGUUUAUAAAUAAAGGUUUAUUUAAAAAAAAUAAAAAUAAAAAGCCUCCGCGCAUGCGCAUUGCAUAGUUCCAACGAAUCGAUGACUAAAUUAAUCAGCAACUAUUUUUAUUAUCGAUUUUAAUCGAUUACCGUAUUUUCCGCACUAUUAGCCGCACCUAAAAACCACAAAUUUACUCAAAAGCUGACAGUGCGGCUUAUAACCCGGUGCGCUUUAUAUAUGGAUUAAUAUUAAGAUUCAUUUUCAUAAAGUUUCGGUCUCGCAACUACGGUAAACAGCCGCCAUAUUUUUUCCCCGUAGAAGAGGAAGUGCUUCUUCUUCUACGCAAGCAACCGCCAAGGUAAGCACCUGCCCCCAUAGAACAGGAAGCGCUUCUUCUUCUACUGUAAGCAACCACCCGCCCGCGUAGAAGAAGAAGAAGAAGCGCGCGGAUAUUACGUUUCAUUUCCUUUGUGUGUUUACAUCUGUAAAGACCACAAAAUGGCUCCUACUAAGCGACAGGUUUCCGGUUCAU